CAAAGCAAAAGGGAAUGAAAUAGCGCAGGCUCCCUUCAGUGCCAAGUAAUUGAAUUAAGCAUGAAAUGAAAUUUAUGAUAUACUACUACACUGAAGAAAUUGAGCAAGAGUAAGGAAGCAAUGGAGAAGACUAGCACGACCACCAAAAAGAAAGAAAUUACAGAUAGAAGUAGCUUGAUCGAUCUGGUAUUCUCUUGGUCUCUCAGGGAUGUUCUCAACAACCAUCUUUACAAAAACCAGGUUCCCAAGAUUCCCGAGACAUUCUCGACUGUGACGAGCUACAAGAAAUCAUUCAUUCCUUCACUCAUUGAGGAAACUCAUGCUGAUUUACUCUCAAAUAUGAUGACUCUGUCGCAUGCACCUACUUGUGAGAUACUGACACUUGAAUAUUCUAAACAUCAUAAACCUCCCAAAGCUUUGUUUUAUGAUAUAACAUAUAAGAAAGAUACAGAAGUUGAUAAGAAUCACAAAGGGCCAAUGUAUGAGCCACAGGUUGGAGAUCUCAUUGCCUUGACUAAUGUCAAACCAAAAUGCAUUGAUGAUCUGAAUAGGCCCCAAAGGUUCUAUCUUAUUGCUUAUGUUAAUGGAGUGACUAAUCUUGAGAAGUUUCCUGAUGAUUUUGAAUUCAAAAUACUCUCGUCGAAGCCUAUAGGUUUCGGAGAGCAAGACACACAACAGAGCAAGAGAGAAACACUUUUUGCUGUCUAUCUGAUGAACAUGACAACAAACAUUCGUGUGUGGGAUGCCUUGAACUCAGAAGGGGAAAACAAAAAUGUCAUUGAGAAAGUUCUGCAACCCAAUUCAGAUGAUGGGAGUUCUUGCACAGUUUGUUUUCCCAAAGAAAAAUGCUCUCCUGACCUUUCUACGAUAUGGCCCACAAUUAGCUCUCAUAGUCUAAAUGAGUCCCAAGAAGCUGCAAUUUUAAACUGUAUUAGUUUGAGCAAAUGCCAACACCAGAAUGCUGUCAAAUUAAUAUGGGGUCCUCCUGGUACUGGGAAAACAAAGACCGUCAGUCUAUCACUCUUUGCUCUGUUUAAGUUGAAGUGCAGAACACUAACAUGUGCUCCCACCAAUAUUGCGGUUUUAGAGGUGGCAGCACGGCUCCGGAGAUUGGUUAAUCAUUCACUUGAGUAUGGUAAGUAUGGACUUGGAGAUAUAAUUCUCUUUGGGAACAAGAAGCGAAUGAAGGUCGAUGGUAAUGCUGAACUUCUUGAUGUAUUUCUUGAUCAUCGCGCUAAAACUCUGUACGAGUGUUUGGUCCCUUUAUCCGGAUGGAAGCAUUUGUUAGAAUCAAUGAUAUGUCUACUCGAGGAUCCAGAUAAACAGUACUCUUUAUAUUUGGAAAAGGAAGUGGAAAAGCAUAAAGAGAAUGCUCAAGAAAAUAAGAAGGAUACUAAUGGAAAUGCAGAAAGUGUAAGUGGGGAUGAUCCUUUGACAUUUGAGGAGUUCAUGAGGAGAGAAUUUGAUUCAGUUGGUGAUGUUAUGAAGUUUUGUAUGGUAAACUUUUACACUCACUUACCAACUUGUUGCAUUUCACUUAAGGUGGUGAAGGAUAUGGUUGAAGCUUUGAGUUUACUUAAGUCUUUUAAAUCUUCUUUGCAUAGCAUUGGUUUGAAGUUACUCCUAAACGAUUUCAAAGGUCCAGGAAGCAUUGGUGGUUGGUUUACACAGUUGAGAAAAAAGUGCGUUUGUAAACUGAAGUUGCUUCCUCAGGAAUUUUCUGGUCUGAAUUCCAUUUCCAUUAAUGAAUUUUUAAUAAAACAAUUCUGCCUGCAAAAUGCUUGCUUAAUAUUUUGUACUGCAUCAACUUCUGCCAAACUGGACGGUACAGCAGCAGUGAGACCACUCGAAUUGUUAGUCAUUGAUGAAGCUGCUCAACUUAAAGAAUGUGAAUCUGUAAUUCCCUUACAACUGUCUGGUAUCCGCCAUGCUAUUCUCAUAGGAGAUGAGAGGCAACUCCCUGCUAUGGUUAAAAGCAAGGUUUCUGCAAAGGCUGAAUUUGGAAGAAGUUUGUUCGAAAGGCUGGCAGGGUUGGGACACGCUAAGCAUCUUCUAAAUAUCCAAUAUAGGAUGCAUCCAUCCAUCAGCUUAUUUCCAAAUAGGGAGUUUUACGACAAUCAGAUAUUAGAUGGUCCAAAUGUCAAUGAAAGAAGCUAUGAGAGGUGCUUCCUUCAGGGAAAAAUGUACCAAUCCUACUCCUUUAUAAAUGUAGCCAAUGGAAAAGAUGAAUUUGAUCAUGGUCAUAGUAGAAAAAAUAUGGUGGAGGUUGCUGUGGUCUCUGAGAUAGUUGCAAGCCUUUACAAAGAUUUCACUGGCAAAAGGAAGAAGGUCAGUGUUGGGGUCAUAUCACCAUACAAGGCUCAAGUUCAUGCGAUUCAAGAGAGAGUCAAAAAUUACAGUAAGGAUUCUGAUGCAGGCUUCUCUGUAAGUGUGCGAUCUGUUGAUGGUUUCCAAGGUGGUGAAGAGGAUGUAAUAAUUAUCUCCACUGUAAGAUGUAAUGGGAAUGGAUCAAUUGGUUUCUUGUCUAACGAUCAAAGAGCAAAUGUGGCGCUCACACGUGCAAGGUAUUGUCUUUGGAUUUUGGGGAAUGGAUCGACUUUGGUUAACAGUGACUCUAUUUGGAAAAAGCUAGUCCUUGAUGCCGAGAGACGGGAAUGCUUUCAUAAUGCUGAUGAGGACAAUAACUUGGCUCUGGCUAUUGCAGCUGCCCUCCUGGAGCUUGGCCAACUUCAUUCUUUACUUAAUAUUGACUCUUUUCUGUUCAAAAAUGCAAGAUGGAAGGUUUGCUUCACUAGUGAAUUUCAGAAGUCCUUAGCAAUGAUUAAAGACACUGUUAUAUGUCGGGAAGUGUUUAAUCUAUUAACCAAGCUUUCAAGUGGAUGGCGUCGAGCUCAGAAGGAUAAAGGAAUUAUAGUGCAUGAUGGGACUUGUGCUCAACUGUUAGAGAAGUAUAAAGUCAAUAGGCUGCUGAAUCUCAUUUGGACUGUAGACAUUCUCCAGCAGAAUUCGGAAUAUGUCCAGGUUAUGAAGGUUUGGGAUAUUGUGACACGUUCUGAUGUACCUAAACUAGCAAAGCGUCUUGAUAUCAUUAUUGGGAGUUAUACAGUGGAUAAGAUGAAUCGCUGCAAGCAUAAAUGCGUAGAAAGGGGCACUUUUGUUCCCAUGAGAUGGCCAGUGGAUCUGAGUAGUUGCCUUGAAGCUGAUCCUGUGGAGUUCCUUUCAAAACCAUUAUCUUCGCUCGGUCUAACUGAUAAACCAGAAACACCAUCUUCAAAAUCUAGGGAGACCACCAAAGCAGUGAAACCUCUCACACAAUGCCUUUCGACUCCCCAAAGUCGUUCCAAAAGCCGUGCUAAUCAAAGGAGAUCAUCCAAACUACAGGUUUGGAGACCAUGUAUUCCUUAUGAUUAGACCUCGUUGUGGACUCAAAGGGUUUGACAAAGGCAAAAAACUUGCUCCACGUUUUAUUGGUCCUUUUGAGGUUUUGGAACUAGUUGGUGAGCUUUCUUAUAGACUGGCUCUUAACCUGAACUCUCUUGUAUCCAUGAUGUAUUUCAUAUAUCUGCAUUGAACCAGAUCUUUCACAUGUUUUGGAUUGGAAAGAUUUGAGCAUUCGAAAAUAUCUAUCUUACGAGGAGAAGCCAGUUAGAAUUGUGGAUCGAAAAGAACAGGUUCUUCGUAGUAGGAACGGAACAUUCAAUUAGUGUAGGUGAUAUGGCAGUAUUAUAGUAUUGAGGAAGCAACCUGGGAGUUGGAGUCUAAUGUCAAGGCUAAAUAUCCAGAAUUGUUUGUUGGCUAGAAAUUUAUUUUGUAAGAGGGUGAAUUGUAAAACCCAAACAAAACAUUGGAUUUCUCUUUUUAAACUAUGAAGUUCUUGUAUUUUAAGUUUGGGUUUGCA